AUGUUCGCGGCGUUCUCUGCCCUGCCCGGCGGCGGAGCAGCAGCCUUGCCAGUCUACGUGCCCAAGGACGCCGAGGGGUGCAAGAAGUACGACUCUGCCGACGGGCACGUUGCCGUGGUGCGGCGGGGGACGUGCACCUUCGUGGAGAAGGCCGUGCUGGCCGAGAGUGCGGGCGCCGCGGCCCUGAUCGUCGUGGACGAGGGCGACGAGGUCUUCCAGAUGGGCGGGGGCAACACCACCGAGAGCAUCCAGGCGGCUCUGGAGGUCGGUAUCUACGUGGUCAUGGUCGACAGGGAGAAGGGGGACCAGCUCCUGCACGCGGCGAAGCUUGGCGACGCCACCGUGUCUUUCUCCGUGUACGCGCCGGGGCACAUGUCCGAGGUCAUCAUCAUUCUCCUGGGCACCGCGCUGGUAGCCGCGGGCGCAUUCUUCUCCACCGCCGACCUGCGCGUCAACUCGCCCAUCUCGCCUCAGCGCGAGGAGGUCGUCGAGGUGGGCAACGAGAUGGCCGUCGGCUUCUGCGUGUUCGGUAGCUGCGUGCUGAUGUUGCUCUUCUUCCUGAUGCAUUGGCUGAUAUACGUUGUCAUCUUUGGCUUCUGCGUCGGCGGCGUGUCCACGCUCACCGAGCUGGGCAGCUCCGUGCUGCAGUACCGCUGCCCCUCCUUCAAGGAGCAGUUCUGCACCGUCCCGUACCUCGAGGAGUCCUUCAAGAGGGCCGACAUCAUCGCGUUCGUGCCGGCUUUGUCGUUGGUCAUCAGCUGGGUGAUCACUCGCAAUGGGGAUCUGGGCUGGAUCUUCCAGGACAUCAUCGCGGCGGCCUUCCUGUGCUGGGUGCAGCGGACCCUGCGCCUGCCCAACAUGAAGAUCGCCUCCCUCCUGCUCGGGAUGAUGUUCUUCUUCGACAUAUUCUGGGUCUUCGUGUCCCCCCUGAUCUUCCAGGAGAGCGUCAUGAUUCGCGUGGCGAAGGGCGGCGACACCGGCGAAGCGGUGCCGAUGCUGCUGAGGAUCCCCUCGUUCGGUGACCCCCUCGGGGGCUACCGCAUGCUCGGGUUCGGAGACAUCGUGCUGCCAGGCCUGCUCGUCUCGUACUACCGGCGCCACGACGUGCUCAGCAAGCGGGGCGUCUGCCAGGGCUACUUCCUGCCCGGGCUCGUCGGCUACUUCGUGGGCCUCUGCUGCACCAUGCGAGGAAUCCUGUUCAUGGCGUUUUGUUGCCCCUCGGCCGUCGUGGCCCUGGUGGUGAUGCGGCUGGGGCAGCCGGCCCUGCUCUACCUGGUGCCGGGCACCCUCGGCACGGGCUUCGUCGCCGCGCUCCUGCGCGGCGAGCUGCCGCAGCUGUGGGAGGGCGCCCCCAUCCG